UGGAGGAUACUUGAAAACGUCCAUGCUGGUACAGGUUUUCUUGAUUAUAUAUCAUUCAUCAGCAUUUCCUUCCUUUCAAUUCCCAUAACAGGUUUCAAUUAGGGCUCCCUUCUGCGCAAAAAUGGCGGAUUUGGUUGGAGGGGGUGCUACAGGUGUAGCUUUUGAUCUUCUAAUGCAAGCUGUAUUAGAUGUAACAAUUAAAAUAGCGGGUUUCAAUUCUGAACUCGACCACUUGAAAUCGACUCUGAUUUCGAUCAAACCAUUUAUCGACGACAUAGAGAAGCUAAACAGAGUGCUGAACUGGCGACAACAGGGAGCAGAAGCGCUCGCCAAUCUGUUCAGGGAAGGCGAAAAACUCAUCCGCAAGUGCAUGGAAAUCAGAUGGUGGAAUGCAAUCAAGAAGUAUUCGCAUGCGAAGAAAUUGGAAAAGUAUGAAGCCUCGUUGCUGUGGUUUUUUCAGAUAAAUGUGCAGGUUGAGUUGUCUAGAGAUGGCAAAACUGUUGCUGUGGGAGUUAAAGUUCUUGAGGAGAAAAGUUGGUGUGGUGUUCCGGGAGUUCCAGAUUUUGUCGUUGGAUUAGACGCGCAGCUUCAGGAACUGAAGGGGAUGCUGCUUAAGGAUGGAGUGCCAAUUGUUGUGCUUUCGGCUCCUGGUGGCUGCGGAAAGAGUACACUGGCGAAAUUGCUCUGUAAUGAUGAUGAAAUUAAAGAACAAGAAAUCACAAGAAGAUUGUUUGAACAAGAACCAAAACGAACUAGCCCUAUGCUCGCAGAAGACCAACUAGAACAGUUAUUCCUGCAGCAAGUAGGACCAGCUCCCAUACUAUUAGUCCUGGACGAUAUGUGGCCAGGAUCCAAGUCACUCAUUGAUCAGUUUCUUCUUCCAAUACAUGGAUAUAAAAUCUUGGUUACAUCGAGAUUUGUGUUUCCGCAAUUUGAAUGGACUUACAAAUUGAAUAUGUUGAAUCAUCAAGAUGCAAUGACUCUAUUUCAUCAUCAUGCCUUUAAAGAUGGAAUCUGCACUGUGCAAAAACAUCUUGUAGAAGAGGUGGUCAGAGGUUGUUCAGGAUCUCCAUUGGCCCUUACUGUUGUAGGCAGGUCACUUUAUAGGCAGCCUCAGGUGAAUUGGAUUAGUACAGUUCAAAAUUGGUCCCAAGGGCAAUCCAUUUACGACACCAACAUGGUUUUGCUUAGUCGCCUCAAAACCAGCUUAGAUGCCUUGGACGGAAUGGAAGUACUCAAGAAUUGUUUCUUGGAUCUAGGUUUAUUUCCUGAAGAUCAAAGGAUCCCUGUUGCAGCUCUUAAGGAUAUGUGGGUGGAACUGUACAACCUAGAUGAAGGUGGCAUGUAUACCCUUAUCUAUCUCCAUGAACUCUCAAACAGAAAUCUGGUUAAUCUUACUCUUGUAAGAAAAGAUGAUCAAGAUGCAAAUGACUACUGCAAAGAGCAUUUUGUAAUGCAACAUGAUCUUCUGAGGGAGUUAGCUGUCCACCAAAGUAGUCAAGGUUCCAUAGAAGGGAGAGAGCGACUCAUUGUGGAAAUAAAUGGGAAUGCCUUCCCUGAGUGGCUAACUGAUCGAAAUCAUCAACCCAUCAAUGUCCGCAUUCUGUCUAUCACUACAGAUAACGCAUUCUGCUCAAACUGGUCUAACGUGCAAAUACCUGAUGUUAAGGUUUUAAUACUGAACUUUCAAGUCAAAAUCUAUACCUUACCCGAAUUUAUGGAGAGAAUGAGUUGCCUGACAGUUCUAUUAGUGACGAAUUAUGGUUUUACCCGAGCAAUCCUAGAAAAUUUUCCACUGCCUAGUCAGUUAAACAAUCUAAAGAGACUUUGGUUGGAGAAUAUUUCCAUCCCCUCUAUUGCCCCUUUCAUACUGCAGCUAAAAAAUUUGCAGAAAAUAUCCAUGAUCACAUGUGAGAUUGGGAAGGCAUUCGAAGUAUGCCCAAUUUCAAUCUCCAAUACAUGGCCGAAUCUCAACGAGAUCAAUAUAGAGUAUUGUGAUGACUUAGUUGAAAUACCAGCAUGGGUUUGUGGCCUUGUCCAUCUUAAGAAGAUCAAAUUGGGAUAUUGUCAAGAGUUGGUUACUCUUCCUCCUGAACUGGGAAAUCUGACAAAUUUAGAAGUGCUUAGGCUUCAAUCUUGUACACAACUUUUAGAGUUGCCGGAAUCAAUUUCUGGACUCCGGGAAUUGAAGUACCUUGAUCUCUCGGACUGUGUGGAAAUGGACCACUUGCCAGAGCGGCUAGGCGAUUUAUGUGGGCUGCAAAUAAUACGCAUGAUGGGUUGCACGGCUUUAUCUGAGCUGCCGCCUUCUGUAAUGGAUCUUGUGCAGUUAGAACGUGUGAUAUGUGACAAUGAAAUAGCCUAUUUGUGGAAAUUCUACGAGGAUUAUCUGGAUAAGUUGGAGAUCGUUGUGGUAAAAGAAGACGUAAACCUUAACUGGCUUCAUAAGAGACCUGCUUGAAAACUUUGUGAGCACAACCGUAGAUUACUCAUCUCUCAAACUCGACAAUGAAAUUCACACCACCCCUCAGGGCCAGUGAAGGUAUAUUGCCUAUCUUGAAAACUUUUGAGCAGCAGUUACGAGUCUAUAAAGUAGUGCAUUAAUAAUUGAUUAACUUAAAUCUGUAUUAUUGAAGAUAUUGUAGGAUGAGAUUGGAAAUGGUAAAUAGUAAUUUUGUUAGUAAAGUGAUGAGUUUUUAAAAUAAAAGAGGAAGUGGUAGGAGGAAAGUUGAGAGUUACACCAAGUUCCUAAAUAAAGCUCUUCCCAUGUAAAAUAAUAGUGCGAUACUUUACCUCGGUGGAGGAUCAAGCAGAAGAAGAAGUGAUAAGUACUUCAAUAGAAACAAUGUGAAUGAAUAUACUAAGAAUGAAGAAGUGAUUCACGCUAUAAGUGUAAAUGAGAUAGAAGAGAAGGAAGAAGAUGAUGUUCAAAGUAAAAUUUAAAUCAAGUGAGUUGCUUUUGUUUGCAUUUGAGGAUCCCGCGAAUUGGAAAAAUAUUUAUCAAAAAAUGAGGGAUUAUUUAGUAGAAAUGUGUCCAAAAAAAAAUUUGAUGGUAUCUUGUUUCCGAAAGAUAGUGCAAAUAGAGAUUUCGAUUCUUCACUAUAUAAGCGAUUACUACCAAAUGGGUAGACAAUUGAUAGAACAUGGCUAGUAUAUUCAGUAUCUACGGACAUGAUCUUUUACUUUUGUCGCAAGUUGUUUAAAACACCGAAAACUAUGACAAAAAUGGCCAUGUAGUUAAUGAUGGAUACAAAGAUUUGCAUAAUUUGUACUAAUCUAUUUAAAGUCAUGAAGGAAAUGAGGAACAUAAAAUGUUGCAUGACUAGUUGGAUUGAAUUGGAAAAAAGGUUUCGAACAAAAAAAUACUAUUGACAAAAGCAUGCAAUUGGUGAUCGAUGCAGAAAGGGAACAUUGGAGACAGGCAAUUGUUAUUGUGAAAAGACUUGCCAAAAACACCUUAACAUUUUGAGGAGAUGAGAGAUUUCAUGUUGAGAACAAUGACCUAUUUUUGCAAAUCAUAGAAACGGUUGUCGAGUUUGAUCCAGUAACGCAAGAGGACAUUCGGGCAUGCUAAAGCAUGUGACAUUCAAUAUACAUAUCUCGGUAAAAUAAUUUAAAAUGAAUUUAUACAAUUGUUGGCUAAUGAGAUGAGAAGUUCAAUUAUCAAGAAAGUUAAACAUGCAAAAUAUUUCAGACGAAAGUCACGAGGAACAAAUGUCUCUAAUAAUACAAUAUAUAGAUAAUUCAUCAAACUUACUGAU